AUAAACAUCAAACAUGUGAUGGUUUUGUCAGUUGUUGAGCUUUGCUGUAUUGGUGUCCGCCGUCCGGUACUCGGUAGGCAUUUGUUGUUUUGUUGUUUAAUGUUUCUGUCGUAACGUGUUUGGUGCUCAAAUGUUAAUUGCCAAUAAUUGUCAAUAAUUGUCAACAGUCAGUCGCGGGUAGUGUGCCCAUUUAAUAAUAAUAAUAAUAAAUCGGUGUGCACCAUUAUUGAUUCGGUAAUAAUUUUCGCACGUUACUGUUUUUUAUUUUUAUUAUUCAAUGGUUCUCCAUUGUUUGUGCACUCCGUGAACGUAGCUUACUUACAUACGUUGCUUUGAAGUUUCGGUGCCAACCAGCUUACUUGGCCAAUGUUGACUGAACAGGACCAUAGUUUUAUUAAAACAUGUCGGUAACGUGAUACGAUGUGGUUUGUCGGCAGUGAUAACUGUUGGGCAUUGGUAAUAUAAUUGUGCUGUCGUUGUUCAUGUCGGAUGUAAAAAACGAGAAGAUUACACCAUGACCGGCUUCACCGAAGGAAGUCUGAACAGUAGACUGAAAGACCUGAACUCUUCCCAGCAGAGCAUACAGACACUAUCCCUUUGGUUGAUUCACCAUAGGAAAUAUGCUCACACUGUCGUCAAGAUUUGGUCAAGAGAAAUAUUGGCAGGCUCAGAAUCUAAACAAUUAACAUUAAUGUACCUGGCCAAUGAUAUUAUUCAGAAUGGCAAAAAGAAAGGUCCUGAAUAUGGAAAAGAGUUUGGCAAAGAACUGGCCAAAGCAUUUAAGCAAAUAUCUUUAAACAACUGUUCUUCAAAGACCAGACAGAGUUUGACACGAUUGUUGAAUAUAUGGGAAGAAAGAGGUGUUUACAGUAAAAUCCAAAUAGAUGAAUUCAAGGAUGCUUUUGGUAAAGAAUCAGCGAAGAAGCCUACAGGUGAACCUCCAAGUAAAAAAGUUAAACAUUCACAUAAUCACAAAUCAAAGAAGACAAAAUCUCAAAACAAUGGCAUAAAAAAAGAUAAAGAAGUUAUUGUUGAAGUGGAUGGUGCCAAAGAAUUGCAUGUGACUUUAUCUCCUAAGACUCCUGUUAAUGAUCCUCCUGAACCAGAAGAAUUAAUUAAAGCUCUAAAUGAUUUAGAAAAUGCACCUUCAUGUGAUGCGGUUGUUCGAGAACGUAUCUCUAAACUUCCUCCAGAAAUUGCUGAUGUCAGUUUACUUUCUCAGUUAAAAGGUAAAGACGAGGGUGAAGAACUUUUGCGUAAAGUAAAUGAUGCUGUUGCAUUGUUGACUGAUUACAACACUAGACUAGUAUGUGAAAUGGAAGAUCGCAAGAAGGUAUUUUCUAUGUUGCAUGAUUUCAUUCAAUCUCAAAGAGACCUCAUUGAUCAAGCUGAACAAAGAUUACAUGAAUAUCAAGGUAAACUUCAGAAAGUUUGCCAAGUACGGCAAGAGGUCAACACGCACCUACAAAAUCUACCGGAUUUAGCACAAUUGCCCAGCGUUAAAGGUGGCCUAGCACCUCUUCCGUCGGCGGGCGAUUUGUUCACAGUGGGCUGAUGACUAUUGGCUCUAGCUAUACCGGCUGGUCGCUAUUACUCUGGUCGAGUAUGUCGAAGAUUACACACGCUCGUCCUAAGUGUAUUGACUAUUGAGUAACAAUAAAAUGUGUUUGAAUUUAAAAACGUAACCCCCUGGUUAUAAUAUGUGUAUUAGUUAAAUUGUAUUAUGUAAAAUAAUAUGGCAUUUGAUAAUAAUUUUCUUAUUAUUAUAAUCAUUACAAGGUUUCAAUAUUUUUAUUAAGUCUAUAUAAUAUUUUAACGUAAUGUAUUUUACAGUUCUCAAAGUGUAUAAUAAUAUGUUACAAUUACUAUUACAUUUGUCAUUAAAAAAAAGAAAGUUUUUACGAUGUACC